CGGGAGUAUCGAUUGACAGCGCAUGUUAUCUGCACUGGAGGAAUUCAUCUCGUAGCCUUAGCUUACGCACGCACGCGUGUGCCGUCGGUGAUUAACAACACUCUUGGGAUAAUGGCGUCGCAUCACUGCCUGAUUCUCGUCUUCUUCUGUGCGUUUUGGGUCGGGUUUUGUCAAGGGCUGCAGACAUGGGCGCCCCGCUGCUGUCGUAAGGGCAUGCACAAGGCAGUCAUCUCCAAGGGCGACCCUGAUGUGUGUAACCAUGACGACCUUGACAGGAGAAGCCAGUUCAAAGCUAUGGAGCGGAUGAUCUGCCGCUGGUCAGAGCGAAUGUGUUGCAUGAAGGAAAUCCAGAAGUUGAGCUGCGCGCAUGGCAAACACACGGCAUACCAGGACAAGUCGUGCAUGCCGAGGCGAGCACAUAUCGGUGGUGAUGACUAUGUGGAGUGUUGUGACUGUUGUAAACUAGGGAUCAAGGCGCGGUUUUCAAACACAAACUGCUCUACGUUCAACAUACUCUUCUCGUCCAUCACCAACCCAUGCGCCAAGGUCUUCGUCGAAUGCUGCAAUGGUGUCACGCCAGCUCCUCCGCUUGGGACACUGCCGCCCCCUGGGACCCGUCCCCCUCCACCUUCUACAAGCAAGGCUCCCGCUAGCGGCUGUGCUAAGCUCAACUGUCAACAUAUCUGCCGAGAGAGCAAUAAUGGAAUCCCCAUGUGUUAUUGUAGGCGUGGAUUCUCACUCACAAACGACAAGGAGUCAUGCGUUGAUGUGAAUGAGUGUAGGCGCAAUCCCUGUAGCCGGAGUCAACGAUGUAUCAACACUCGCGGGUCCUACCGCUGUGUUGCGGGCUCAGAUAUCAAGAACCCUUGCGACGAGGGAAUGGAGCUCACAAAUGGAGUGUGCCUCGACAUUAACGAGUGUGCCACGGGUCAGGUUACCUGUGGUGAUGGACAAAUUUGCCUAAACACGAAAGGCUCCUACCGCUGCAUCUGCAAGCGUGGUUACAAAGCCGAAGGACCCAAAUGUGUCGAUGUGGACGAAUGUGCCACCGGGAUUGCGUUCUGUCCGCCCGGAAACGUCUGUAGGAAUCUACCUGGAACCUACAUCUGCUCUUCUCCUAAUACGUGUCCUGCGGGCAAGGAAAAGAGGGGAAGCGAUUGUGUCGACAUCGAUGAAUGUGCUACUGGGCAAGCCCGCUGCCCACCAACCACGCGCUGUGUGAAUGCAGACGGCUCAUAUCGCUGUGUGCCUUGUCCUGCUGGCAGAAAAUUGGAGAACAAUCAGUGUGUAGAUAUCGAUGAAUGUGUGAAUGGUAAUAUUUGCGGUAGCGGUUCACGAUGCGUAAAUACCGAGGGGUCGUACAAGUGUGUACAAAUGUCGUGUGGCCCGGGCAAGACCCUUCAGCCGGGUACCGGGUGUGUCGACAUUGACGAGUGUGCUACUGGGCAAGCCCGCUGUCCACCCACGGCGCGAUGUGUGAACACUGACGGCUCAUACCGCUGUGCGCCUUGUCCCGCAGGCACAAGGGCUGAGGGUAAUCAGUGCCAAGAUAUCGACGAAUGUACCAAUGCUAAUAUUUGCGCUAGCGGUUCACGAUGCGUAAAUACCGAUGGGUCGUACAAGUGUGUACAAAUCCCGUGUGGUCCGGGUAAGACCCGUCAGCCGGGUGCCGGGUGUGUCGAUGUAAACGAGUGCUCUACUGGGGCUGCCCGCUGCCAGGCUAACGCUUACUGCAUGAACACCGACGGCUCAUAUCGCUGCGUCACUUGUCCUUCAGGCACGCGAGUCGUCAACAACAAAUGCGCAGAUAUUGAUGAGUGUACUGAGGGGAGCUAUCCAUGCGCAGCGGACCAGACUUGUCAGAAUGUGUUCGGGUCAUACCGAUGCCAGGCGUCUGCAAUCAAGUGCAGCCGCGGCUACGAGCCUCAAAACGGCCGAUGCGUAGAUGUUGACGAGUGUAGUAGUGGCCUCGCUAGGUGUCCUAGUGGCCAGUCGUGCGUCAAUACGGAAGGCUCUUACAGCUGUCUUCCCAUCGGCUGCUCCCCUGGAUUCGAGUUCAGGGGGGGCAAAUGCCAAGAUAUCGACGAGUGUGCUUCGGGUAUUGCUCGGUGCGGCCGAGAGCAGUUCUGUGAGAAUGUGGAGGGUGCGUACCGCUGUGUGACAUGUAGGACUGGAUAUCGCUUCACCAACGGCCGCUGCGUAGAUAUCGACGAGUGCCGAGAGGGGCUAGCGCGAUGUCAGCUCGGCACAGUGUGCCGUAAUCUUGCUGGGGGUUACCGAUGCGAGGGCGUGGCUAUACGAUGCCAGCAAGGGUUUGAGCCCGUUAAUGGGAAAUGCGAAGAUAUAAACGAGUGUACCGGGGACGGCAAGGUUUGCCAACCAGGGACGGUAUGCGUCAACCGCGUGGGCGGGUUUACAUGUCAGCCCAUGCCGUGUCCUUCCGGCUACAUCCGAGUCAACGGCGUGUGUGAAUCGGACAAUCCGUGUUCGAGUGACCGCUUUAGGUGCCCUGCGAACUUCAAAUGCGUGGUAAAAAAUGGAAGCCCUACGUGCGAAGAUAUCAACGAAUGUGUGGAGAAACCGAACGCUUGCAACAGGGGGGAGACCUGCAUCAAUCGCCUAGGGCACUAUAUCUGCCAGUGCCCCCCCGGAUACGAGAGAGAUAGAAUCACAAAUACGUGCAAAGAUCGGGACGAAUGCCGUAUCGGAGUCGUGUGCGCGCAUGAGUGUACCAACACACCUGGUUCGUUUAUCUGUUCGUGCAGGCGUGGUUUUAAGCUGGAGCCUGACAAGCGAUCUUGCAGAGAUAUAGACGAGUGCAGUCUACCUAAUCCUCCCUGCCAGCAUGAGUGCCGCAACAGAUAUGGAUCAUAUCAGUGCUACUGCAAAGAUGGCUACACACUAGCCGCCGAUAAACGCUCCUGUGAUGAUAUCGACGAGUGCCGAGGGCAGCAGUACUCUUCUGUCGGUUUAUACAGUCCGUGCCAGUACCAGUGCCUCAACUCCCCCGGUAGCUACAGGUGCACAUGUCCCGCCGGGUACAAGCUGUCAGGAGGAAGGAACUGCUACGAUAUUGACGAAUGCACCGAGACGCCCAAUAUUUGCACACGACCCGACACGGUGUGCCGCAACGCUUUCGGAUACUACCGAUGUAUCCCCUUUGUGUGUCCCCCCAAGUAUUACAAGAAAGAGGGAGACAACGGAUGCAAGCUUAUCGACACGUGCAGCGAGAUCCCGGAUUGCGCCUCCAUCCGAGAGAAGGGUCUGCGGUUUUACACGUUUUCCCUGCGCAAGGGGGAGGAGAGCAAGAAGCUUUUUGACUACAGUCUUUGGACCAGAGGCUACCAAGAAACUGUCACGAUUCAAUAUCGAUUUGCGUCCGGUAACGAGAAGGGCCACUUCGAGAUCCGACGGCUGAACCAAAAUCAAGUGGAGAUCUGGACUCGCAUCACGAUGACGGAGGAGGCGGAAUACGUGCUGCAGUUCUACGGGGAGGUGAUCGUGGGCGGAAAACUAGAGUCACGGUACCGCAGUACUCUAUACGUCUUUGUGUCACGCUACCCCUUCUAGCAAUGUCACGAAACAACCACGUCGCGCAACGAGAGUUCGGUAACGUGGCGGGAAGUGUUUGGAAGCAGUGCUAAUUAGAAUUGUACAGAUAGUAAUGUAUGUUAGCACCAUAAGAAGUACGCACAAAGCAGAUAAUGGACAUAUGACUAUAGAUUUGAUAUAUAAAGUAUAUAUAGUUCUGGCACCGAUAUAGGGGAGGUUACAAGCCCGUGGUGAGAGGUGCGAGAAAUCUCGUAAAGCUUGGAUCACUUGAUAAGUGUGCCUAGGAAUCUCGUAUUGCUUGGAUUACUUGUAAAGUUAAACCUCAUCAAGAGAUACCUAAAUUCAACCACUGUGAUAGGCGCGCGGUGUAUCCUGGAACGGGAUUAGCAGUGUACCAUGGGUAAAGCGGGAACACGAUGCUUAAGAUCUACGACGCCGGCUCGGGUAUGUUCGAUUCCGCGGCCACGCUGAGUUUUGCUCCGCGUCCUAAAGAGGCCAAAAGAAAACAUGAAAUCCCGUCCUGAACAUGGACAUAGGACUUCCAUGCGUGUGCAGUCGAACGCGCGCGAGACCGCGUCCUCUUGCCAGCGUCGUGCAAAUACCCCCCCUAAGAGAUCAUAAGAUUUAUUCUGCUCUCUUGGUCCCCCUUAUGUGUACCAUGCAACAAUUAAAAACUGAUAGAAAACAAAGCCUAGAAACUUAACAGUCUGUCGUACAGACAGUAGUCCCUCAAACACAAUUUGUAUCAAUGUUUUCCCCAUUCGCCGCUUGGAGAAGAAAAAAAAACUUGAAGAAGGCUUUGGAAUCCGUUGGCUCACACUUGCUCAAAUAAAAAUUCCCGCUGACCGCUGCUACCGAAGGCCUUAACAUUCCUAGUCAGAAUCUGAGCAUGCUCUUCAAAACGAUACAGCUUCUAUUUAUCACAAUACAUUACUAAUAUUAAGAUCUCAAUAAAUUAACCCAUUUAUAUUGCCUGAAAGAAAAAUGGAGCGUAAUCUUUGACAAAUAAAUAGAAAUUGAUUAUCUUUCA